CGUCGAUUAGGAGGGUGAGAGCGAAGGACAAGGUCACUCGCGGGCUGGCUUACCUGGAAAACAGCUCCUCCAGGUGCAAACGGGCAACGGCCAAUAUUGAUUUCAGCACUGCCAAAAGGAGGAGAGGAUGAGGAUUGAAGAGAUGUCCAAGCAACCGUCUUUUGUAUCGCGCAACCUGGUGGCCAUCGUGAUGAUCCCCAGUCUGGUGGGGAUCCAUCUGGGCUGGAGCUAUAUGCAGAACAACCGGAAAUUGGUCACGGAGGCGGAACAGAUCGACAUGCCGCCGGUUACGUUUGCCAGAUUUGUGUGGAACAAGCUGACGGGAGGAGGAAAUUCGGCGGAAUGACAGCGGCACUUGUGAUGAGCUUAAAACAUACAAUCUAUUUAUUGUAUAGCAUAAUUAAAACUACAUACAAACGGUA